AUGCAAGUCUAUUUGGAUUUUUGGUCAGUAUCUAAGUCCCAGCUUCAGGGACCAUCUGAUGGGCUUAAGAGAGGACAAGAUAGAGAGACAAAUAGAGAGAGCUUGCGACAGGUCACUCAUUUUCAAAGGCAUGAUUGGCUUUUUCAUCUUCUCCUUCUCUUCCCAAUAGGCGGCGCCUCGCCCAUCUUCAACGACGAAGAGAACUGCUACCGUAUCGUGAAACACGACCAUAUUGCCUAUCGUUUCGAGAUCCUGUACUCCCUCGGAAAGGGCAGCUUCGGGCAGGUCGUGGCGGCUCUGGACCAUCGAAGUGGAGAUACCGUGGCCAUCAAGAUUGUGCGCACGGAGCCUCGCUUCACUCGACAGGACUUGCAUUGUGUGCAUUCCUUUGAGUUCACCUCAGACAAGGUAUUUUGCCGCUUUUUAAGCGAGACGGCGUUACGUUCUGGCGUCGCCAUGUUUAGCUCCCAGCCGAACGUCAGCACCGAGGCGGGGAGAAAGCACGGUCAUUGUGUCGAAUCGGCAAGUCCGUCGGAUAGAUACAGACAAAAAGGGUUGGGGCCAAUUAUGAAGAGGUGUCUGCAUCGGCCCACGCCCCGCCAACUAGGCCUCUUCGAGAAGGACUUUGCAGACAACAUCUGCAUCCCGCUUCAUUACAUCCGCUGCACACACAUUCACACUAUUCUGCACAUUUCUAGGCAGACCUGGCCAAAUAUUUUCCUCUCUGCAAAGCUCCAGAGCUCGAGUCCCCUUGUCUGCAUUCUGUCAGUCCUCUGUUCCAGUCGGCCUGUUAAAGGCAUGCAAACCAGAGCCGAAGUCGCAAAUUUACGUCACCAAGACGACCACCUCGAAAUGGCAACAAGCAAACUUGGCCAAACAAACUUGCCCAGAAGCCUGUCUUCUGUCAAGGAAUUUGGGUGCUCUUCUGGCAUCGGACCGAUGACCAAUCAGGCAACUUUACGAAAGGGAAGAAGGGAGAAGGAAAGUCAUAGCAGGACCACGGACAAGAGAGAUGUGCUUAUCUACGAUUGUCAGCUCAAAAGAGUUUCAAACACUCUUAAUAUCUGUCUCUCUGCUGCUGUUGCUGACUGGCGUAGUUGGGAGCAACGUCUCAACGGUUAUCUACACGGCGCAGUUUAG